AUGUCGCCACAAUCGCCGACGAACGGCACCGUCACACCGGCGGGCUAUGCCUCAUCCAUGACGGCAGCCUCUGAGCGCGACAUCGAAGCUCAGCCUUCGCCUUCGGUCAACCACGUUUCCUACUUUAGGCGCUUCAUGGACCAGGCCGGCGUCACCCAGGCCGUCAUCGACUACAAGUAUCCCGGCAAAGGCACCGCCGAAUCGCCCUUUGUCAUCGAUUUCUUACCCGACGAUUCAUACAACCCCUUCAACUUCUCCGAGGGCCGCAAGUGGCUGAUUAUCGCGAUCCAAGCCACAGCCACCCUGGCCGUAUCCUUUGCUUCGUCCGCCUACUCUGGCGGCAUCCGUGAGAUUUUUAUCGAUUUUGGCGUCUCGCAAGAAGUCGCCAUUCUCGGCAUCUCGCUCUUCGUUUUGGGCUUUGCCCUCGGGCCUCUACUAUGGGCGCCUCUCUCCGAGGUCUUUGGCCGCCAGAAGCUCUUCUUCAUCAGCUACCUCGCCCUCACAGCCUUCAACGCCGGUGCCGCUGGCGCCAAUAGCAUGGGCGCCCUGAUCGUGCUGCGUUUCUUUGCUGGCGCGUUUGGCUCCUCGCCGUUGACCAAUGCCGGCGGCGUUAUUGCCGACAUUUUCACUGCCGAGGAGCGCGGCAAGGCCGGUGCCAUCUUCUCCAUGGCGCCAUUCUUGGGUCCUGCUCUGGGGCCCAUCGCCGGUGGCUUCCUCGGCGAGGCCUACGGCUGGCGUUGGGUUGAGGGCAUGAUUGCCAUCUUCUGUGGCGUUGUUUGGAUUGCUAGUACCGUCACGUACCCCGAGACGUACGCCCCUGUCCUGCUCCGGAAACGUGCUGCCAAGCUGUCCAAGACAACUGGGAAGGUUUACAUUAGCAAGUUUGACGCUCACGGCCCUCCCCGAACCGCUGCUGCUCAGUUCAAAGUCUCGAUUACUCGCCCUUGGAUUCUUCUCAUCAAGGAGCCUAUUGUCCUACUCACCUCAAUCUACAUUGCCAUCAUCUACGGUACGCUGUAUCUCUGCUUUGCUGCCUUCCCCAUUGUCUUCCAGGUCGGCCGUGGCUGGGGUCCUGGCAUUGGUGGUCUUGCUUUUAUUGGUAUCGCCGUUGGCAUGGUUUGCGCAACUCUUUAUGCCGUUUUCGACAACCAGCGCUACAAGCGGGUGGCCGCUACGUACCCCAAUGGCGCGGCUCCUCCCGAAGAGCGGCUGCCGCCUGCCAUUCUCGGUUCUAUUCUGCUUCCCGUUGGUCUCUUCUGGUUCGCAUGGACUAAUGGCCCCGAGAUUCACUGGUCGGUCUGCAUUAUCGGCUCCGGCUUCUUCGCCGCGGGUAUCCUUCUUGUGUUCCUGCCGCUCCUCAACUAUCUUAUCGACUCCUAUGUCAUCUAUGCCGCCUCUGUGCUGGCGGCCAACUCGGUCCUGCGAUCUCUCUUUGGCGCGGCUUUCCCUCUUUUCACAACCUACAUGUACAAGGACCUUGGCAUCCACUGGGCUAGCUCCAUCCCAGCUUUCCUCUCGCUUGCCUGCCUCCCGUUCCCAUUCCUCUUCUACAAGUAUGGCGCUCAGAUCCGCGCUCGCUGCGAAUUCGCCUCGGAGGCUUCCCGUGUGCUGGAGAAGAUGAGGGCUUCCGCCGCUGGUGCUGGUCCCAGAAGCGAGGAAGAGGCGGAAGCUGAAGCUGAGGCUGAGGUCGAGGCUGAUGAGGCGGCCGAGAAGACGGCCGAGAAAAAGAAUCAGGAGAAAUCCUCUCAGUAG